AUGGUCAUUGCUACUAGAUUAAUUUCGAAAGCAGAUGAGGCGAAGAAGCAAAAAGUGUUCGUUGCAUUGGGAGAAGACUUUUUCGAAAAGCCAGCAAAGUCGAGAAACAAACUCAAUUCUAUUAUCCUCUUCACUCUGACUGCGUUAACAUUCUACAUCAUUGGUUAUUUAGUUCAGCAGAGAACCUCUGAAUCACUCCCGACAACAUUUCAAUGGAAAACCCCAAAAUACACCAUUCAAACCACUGAGGAAUUUCUUGAUUGGAGAGAUAAAGGAAUUGUUGGACCAGUUAAAGAUCAGGGAAAGUGCAAUGCAUCCCACGCAUUCGCCAUAAGCUCCAGUAUUGAGUCUAUGUACGCCAAGGCUACGAACGGAUCACUUUUGUCGUUUUCGGAGCAACAGCUUAUUGAUUGUGAUGAUCACGGAUUUAAGGGAUGUGAAGAGCAACCGGCAAUUAAUGCUGUUUCAUACUUCAUUUUUCAUGGGAUAGAAACAGAAGCAGACUAUCCAUAUGCUGGCAAGGAAAAUGGAAAAUGUACCUUUGACUCAACUAAAUCAAAAAUUCAACUAAAAGACGCAGAAUUUGUAGUGAGUAAUGAAACACAAGGAAAGGAAUUGGUCACAAAUUAUGGUCCCGCGUUUUUCACAAUGCGUGCCCCUCCAUCACUCUACGAUUAUAAAAUCGGAAUCUACAACCCAUCCAUUGAAGAAUGUACAAGUACACAUGAAAUCCGAUCAAUGGUAAUCGUUGGGUACGGUAUCGAGGGAGUGCAAAAAUAUUGGAUUGUGAAGGGCUCAUUCGGGACAUCGUGGGGAGAGCAGGGAUAUAUGAAGUUGGCAAGAGAUGUUAAUGCAUGUGCAAUGGCAGAUUUUAUUACGGUUCCUACCGAGUUCAAAUAA